CAAUUUCAAAGCCCUGAUCCCUGCAGGGUCUAUAAAGAGGUCCAGUAACGCUAGCUACCUAGUCCGGUCCGAACUAAACACAGUCACAAUGGGAAAGAUAAUCUUCUACGAGGACAAGAACUUCCAGGGCCGGCACUAUGAGUGCAGCAGCGACUGUGCUGAGAUGCACAACCACUUCAGCCGCUGUAACUCCAUAAAGGUGGACAGUGGCUGUUGGGUGGCCUACGAGAAGCCCAACUACACUGGCUACCAAUACAUGCUGAACAAGGGCGAGUACCCUGACUACCAGCGAUGGGCUGGCUUCAACGACUGCAUCCGCUCCUGCCGUAUGGUGCCCCCUUAUCAUGGAAACUAUAGGAUGAAGAUCUACGAGCGCUCUGACUUCGGUGGUCAGAACAUGGAGGUGAUGGAGGACUGCCCCGACCUUCACGAGCGCUUCCACAGCCGAGACAUCUCCUCCGCCAAUGUCAUAGAGGGUUACUGGAUCCUCCACGAGCACCCCCACUACAGGGGUCGUCAGUACUUCCUUCGUCCUGGCGAGUACAGGAGGCACAGCGAGUGGGGAAGCUCCAGCCCCAGCAUCGGCUCCCUGAGACGGGUCACCGAGAUCCCCUGAAGGUCAACUGAGAUCCCCUCAUCCUCUCCUAAUGCAAUCCUAUUAUAAAUCCUGUACUGUACCCCUACCCUUUAUUGCUAGCAUUGUUUGACUGUUGUGUAUCUACUGUGGUGUAUCUACUAUAUCUUCUGACCCUGAAAUCACAUUAGCGUGAUUGGGGUUUUUGGACCAGUUGGUGUUGGGUCUUUGCUGCUUUGCUUAGACUGGGAAAGUAGACCUCGGGGCUCAGGCGAUGCUCGUAUGGUAACAGUGAUGGACUCUCUGGCCUUUGUUGUUACAGAGCAGAAUGAUGUGCUUUGUCAGUCCUCAACCUCCUGUCCUAUUAUAAGCAAAAUAAAUGAAAAUUUGAUCAAAGUCAA